GACUCCCUCCUGCCUUUCGGUUGGACCCAGAGUGGGCGUGGCUCACGCGCCUGCCUGUUUACUGCCUGGCGCGCCCACCCGGCUCUGUGUUGCCCAGACAACCGUGGCUGGGUCGCCGCAAGCUCGGUUGGAGACGUUCGCUGCACUGAGGACCCUGUACCUGUCGGGAGAUCGUUCGCAGUGACUCAUUUCCCCAGGAAUACAUCGGAACAGUCAGCAUCAGCACCCAAGAACUGUGGGAGGAGAUGCUCAGUGCUAAAGGACUCACUGUUGUCGACGUCUAUCAGGGCUGGUGUGGCCCCUGUAAGCCCGUGGUGAGCCUUUUCCAGAAGAUGAGGAUGGAGGCUGGCCUGGACCUUCUGCAUUUUGCAUUGGCAGAAGCAGAUUGUCUGGAUGUCCUGGAAAAAUACCGAGGAAGGUGUGAGCCAACCUUUCUGUUUUAUGCAAUUAGAGAUGAGGCUCUGUCUGGGGAAGAUGGGUGCUGUUCCCAUGGAAAGGAUGAUGGUGAAGAUGAGGACGUGGCUUCAUCACAGAAGGCCUGUACCUUGGCAAUCAUUAAACCAGAUGCAGUGGUCCGUGGAAAGACCGAUGAGAUUAUUAUGAAGAUCCAGGAAGCUGGGUUUGACGUUGUAACAGAUGAAGAGAGAACAAUGACCGAGGCAGAAAUGUGACUUUUCUACCAACACAGAGCUGGACAGGAGGCAUUUGAAAAGCUGGUGCAUCACAUGUGCAGUGGACCAAGCCGCCUCCUGAUCCUCACCAGGACUGAGGGCACCGAGGACGUGGUCACUGCCUGGUGAGCCCUCCUGGGGCCCUGUGACCCUGAUGCGGCAAGGAAGGAGCAGCCCGACAGUCUCCGCGCUCAGUAUGGCACAAAAAUGCCCUUUAUUGUGGUCCAUGGAAGCUGGGACUGAGACGCCACCCGCCGAGAGCCGGCGCUGCUCUUCCCUGGUUUUAAGUUCUCAGGUGGCGUUUUGCAAUUCCCUCUGGAGUAA